CUGGCUUGGUUCGUCCUGUGUUUGUUGUAUCAAUUUGUAUGUCAAUUAUCAAUUAACCCUCGUUUAAUGAUGGCCUGUUGAUUAUUAAAAAGCAGUGCUCGGUACUGAUACUAUCGAUGUGCACUUAGAAGUUUGUGUAAAUCAUGGCUGCUGGCGGCGAGGAUCUGUGGCGCGAGUGCGCGUCCUGGCUGACGAGAUGUGGCUUGCUACGUCCCGACCAUAAGGCGAACUGGGAAACGAGUUCAAUCCAUGACCUGGCGUACACCCUGCGGGAUGGCGUCCUGCUGUGCAACCUGCUCAACGUGCUGCACCCGGGCUGCAUCGACAUGAAGGACGUCAACCAGCGGCCUCAGAUGGCGCAGUUCUUAUGCAUGAGAAACAUCAAGGUGUUCCUCCGAACAUGCCACGAAGUUUUCGAGCUUCGGGAGACGGAUCUCUUCGACCCGUCCAUGCUGUUCGACCUCUCCAACUUCCACCGGGUUCUGUGCACGCUGGCCAAACUCAGCCAGUGCCCUAAGGCGGUGGCGAAAAAUAUCAAGCCAUUCUCAGCACUUAGAACGCAAUCCGAAGAGGACAUAUACAAAGACCUGCAAUCAGUUAGCGCCAGUGUGACCUUGGCGCCUCCCCCGUACUCCAGCGUGAUAGAGGAAUGCCCCGGGCACCCGGCCGCGGCCGAAGUCCCGUGGGUGCAGUUCACGAUACCCUCCGCCACCUGCGAGGACCGAGUCGAAGAGAUUUAUGAGGACCUCUGUUACGUCAAGUUUACCUCAGCAACGCCAGAGCUAGCAACAUCGUCACAUAGUUUAGAAAAGAGGGAUUACGUUAUACGGGAGCUAGUGGAUACGGAAAACAACUAUGUGGAUGUUCUGAGCAAAAUUAUCAAAUACUUCCUGAGGCCGCUGAUGCCGUACCUCAAGCCUCAGGACAUGCAAGUCAUAUUCUUUGGUAUUAAGGAGCUCCACGAGACCCACACAGGUCUCCUCCGGCAACUAAAACUAGCGACCGAAGCGUGUGUUCCCGGCAACGGGGCGCCGCGUCUCGCCGACGUGUUCCUCGCGUGGCGGGAGCGACUCCUACUGUAUGGGGACUAUUGCUCCAACCUCACUAAUGCUCAGGACACGCUGAAGACCUUAGAUGCUAGAGAUUCUACGUUUAAUAAGCAGUUAGCUAAAUGUCAGAAGGAACACAGCGACGGGCGGAUACAGCUGCGCGACAUACUGUCGGUGCCGAUGCAGAGGGUGCUCAAGUACCAUCUGCUGUUGGACAAACUCGUGCAUGAGACGCAACCGAAUCAUGAGGAGUUCCGUGGGUUGGAGCGAGCGAAGGAGGCAAUGGUGGAUGUCGCUCAAUACAUUAACGAAGUGAAGAGGGACAGCGAGGUGCUCGCGCUACUCGCUAAAGUACAGGAGAGUAUAAUAGACUGGGAGGGCGGCGCGCUAGGCGCGGGGGGCGCAGGCCUAGCGGCAUACGGCCGGUUAUUGCUGGACGGAGAGCUGAAGGUCAAAGCUCAUGAGGAUCAGAAGCUCAGAUCAAGAUACGUGUUCGUGUUCGACAAGCUCAUGCUGCUCUGCAAACCUGUCAAGCUCCUCUCCUCGCAGGACAACCAGUACUCGUACCGCGUCGGGGUCCGCCUCGCGGAGUACCGCGUCGAGGAGGGCUGCGGACGUCGAGCCCUAAGAGGCGACGCGCGAUGGACCUCGCACUUCUACCUCGUGAGGAGGACUAAGGACGCUACCUUCACUCUGUAUGCAAGGACUGAUGAUGCCAAGAGGAAGUGGGUCAAAGCCAUCAAGGAUGCCAUUGACAAUCUGGAGCCUCCUGGCUGUCGGAGUACGAAUCACAAGUUUGUGCUGCAUACAUUCGAAAAGCCAGCCACAUGUCACCAUUGCUCCAAGUUCCUCAAAGGCAGAAUAUUUCAGGGUUAUCUCUGCACGGUAUGCAAUGCUUGUGCCCACAAGGAGUGCAUUGCGCUGUCAGGACGCUGCGGCGGCGGCCUGGCGCCCGCGCCGCCGCUGCCGCCCCACCAGCACCAGCCCGACCAGGCACUACAUUAUUAUAUGUGGUACGUGGGUGAAAUGGGUCGCGAGACGGCGACGGCGCGGCUAGAGCGGCGCGUGGACGGCACGUUCCUGCUGCGCGUGCGGCCCGCCGCCGCGCACCACCACGCGCCCACCGACACCAACCUCGCGCUCUCGCUCAAAACGGAGAACACAGUGAAGCACAUGCGUGUAUGCCGCAAGCCCAUCGACCAGGUGCAGCACUACUACCUGUCCGAGUCGCGCUUCUUCCGCAGCGUCGUCGAGCUCAUCACCUACUACGAGAAGACCAGCCUCUCGGAGAACUUUGAGGGCCUAAACUCGAACCUUCGCUGGCCAUUCCGGCGGGUAGUGGCGACAGUGAUCCACGACUUCCGUCCGCUGGAGAGCUCGCAGCUGGCGCUCAGACCCGGCGCCAAGGUGCUCGUGCUCAGCAAGGAAGGGGACAGCAGGGGCUGGUGGAAGGGACGGACGCUUGAUAAGGGUGACAACCGCUCAGGCUACUUCCCAAAAGAAUGCGUACGCGAGGAACCAGAAUGCAUCGGUGCGCUUGACUGAUGUCAGCUCUGCCUCGCCGAGCGCGAGCUGCACUUCUCCUCGCCCCGCCCGCCCAGCCCCGACCAUGACGACACCGCCGACCUCGUGUAGGGAACCAAGGAACUCAGGUACUCAAGUACAGGUCAAAAAGGGACAGGAAAAUUGGUCUAACGUACUCAAGUAGAGGUCAAAAAGGGACGAGAAAGUUCGUCAAAUGUCGCCGCAGUGGGCUAUAAGACAUUCUUAAGUUAUAAGAGUUAAGAGUGACGAGAAAAUUGGUCCCAUGUGGUCACAGUGGGCUUAUAUGACAUUCUUAACCUAUAAGAGUGUUUUUCCUUCUACGUGUACGAGAGGAGAUAAGACUAGAUGUUAGAUUAUGUGUAACAGAAGAUGGUGACUGUUUACCUAAUAAGCAACAAGUUAUUCAUAGAAUAAUGAGUGUUAUAUUGACGUACAGAGUGACGUUGACGGACGCAGUUCUAUUUUCAUAUCGAUGUUCAAUUUCGAUAGUUGUAGGUAUAAGGUUGUAUGGGUAGCAAUGAAUUCCCGAUAGUUUCGGGGAUUGUUAAAAUAGUGACGUAUAAAAUGCAUAUAUAUGUCUAGAAAUCUGUAAAUAUGAGGAGCGUGUAACAUGUGUGUUUAUGAUGGUCCUUUUACCCACCAAAAAAGGGGGGGAAACGGCUCGACUGCGGAUAUGCUAGCUAUAAUAUUCAAUACAAAUAACGAAUACAAUAAUUAAAUGAUUAAAAGAGUAUCCUUACAUAUGUGCAUCUAUAUAUUUAAAAGAAAAUAUUAUAGUAAAUGGAAAAAAUAUUUCUUUAAAAAUAGAUCAUAUUAUAUUUUGCUCCGCAGAUGAAUAUAUUAGCUAAAUUAAUAAAAUAUAUACCAGUUGCUUAUUUUUAAUGUCGAGUAAAUAUAUUGAAAGUGGCGUAAUUCUGCGUAUAUUUGGCAUUCGUAGUUCUAAAGAUAUUUUAGCCACUAAAAAUACGGAUUCACUUUUGUGAAUUAUAUUAUUUACAUGUAAGUAGGUACACGACAAUUUAAUAUUAUAAUGCGAGAAUGCACUGAGAUAGGCAAUCGUCGAUAAAUGUACUACAUAAGACACUCGAGCUAUGUGCGAGCUUUUGGUACAUAAUAAAAUCGAUUUAUUUCAAAUUGACUGCUCAAUUAAAUCGAUAAGUCCCACUCAAAGCAUCGAUCAUACUCAUCGCAUUCAUAUUUCAUCGCAUUCUCGCAUUACAAUAAAAUAUUAUUAUAGAAUUAUUAUUAUUUUUACAAUAAAAUAAAAUAAACUUUUAUUCGAGACAAAACGUCUAGUCGUGCGAAUGGUUUACGGAGCAAUCUCACUUCGAUGUUAAGAUAAAUAUGUAUAAAAUAAAAAAUAAAUAAAUGUGCAUAUAUAAAUGUAAUUGUGUAUAAAAAUAUAUACUGAUGGAGUUAGUAUAAAAAAACAAUGGAAAAUAAAUGUUGUUCAUCUAUUGACUGAUCGCAUCGAGCAGUCUAUAUAAAUAUAAGAUAAAAACUAUAAAAGGUAUGUUAGUAAAAAUCUGGAUGUGCUAAACACUGCUCGCGACCGGUCGCGCCAUCCAGUUUACAUGUAUUUGUAGAAACACGAUGUUUACAUUUUACAGUAAAAUCGUUUGUAGUGGCUAGCAUGGUCUGACUAAUGUAAUCGUUACGUUAAUAAGCGAUUUUCUAACCAAACGACAUCUUCGAGGGAAAGUUGUAUAAGGCUGUCCGCCCACGACCAACUUUUUGUAGGAGAGAUAUUUGAGCCGAUUUCUUGUAGGACGUUUUUACAAGGUCAGACUAUUUGUAGGACGUACCUGUACGUUGCACUAUUGCUAUCAGUGUGUUCUAAUUUUUUCCUACAAAAAAUCGGUCACCGAUUAGAUAUAUUAUCUAUCAUGGGCGGGCAACCUUAAUCAAGAAAACUAUUUAAUUUACAAAAUCGCUUAUAUUUCUCUUCAAUGUUAUUGGUCGAUGCUAGCCACAGAGUAUAAAGUUCGGAGUAAGACCUCGCUCUCUGCAGUCGGCGCUCGGCUAAGUUUGAUGGUGCGUAUCGAUGCUUUAAUGUAGUUAUAUGUAGACAUGCUGGGUAGCGUGUGCAUUUCAAUGUGGGCUCGAUUGAAAUAGGGGUCGGUUGUAACAAAAAUAUUCUUUAAAAUUAAUUUCACUGUCUAUUGCAAUUUGACGAUUGAAUUCUGCAAUUUGACGGCCAUUAAAUACUCGUAAUAUUAUUUUUAAGGUA